GUGUGCAACUCAUGCUUCAUAUACAUUAUAAAUAGAUCAUUUUAAAGCACGUUUUUUUGCUUUACAAUACAUUUUAUUAUAAAGAAUCUGAGUGUGCUUCACAUCAAUGCAAACCUCCACCAGGGCCUAUCAGUUUCCCACAGUGUCAUUCACUCCCUAUCUUGCAAAGUGAAGUAAUACUAAAAUUUCGUAAUUAUUUUCUAAUUGGUCAUUUCCUUUUUGAGUGGACUAAACAAACUCCUUCGUGGAGGUAUUGCUCAAGAUGGAUUGAUUUCUGCUUUCUUUGUUUUAUAAUAAUUUCCGGCUGGCUGAUCAAAGGCAGGCAUGGUAGAUACAGUAUAAGACAUCAAAGGCAGCAGACACAGCAUUCUCAACUUUAUUUUUAAAUCAAUAAAAUGUCAACACAUUGUGAAAGUUCAAGUUAGUAAAUUUCACUAUCACUGAGGUACGACAACAAACCUCAUCAUACAUUUGGAAUAAUAUUACAAAAACUGCAGUGCAGCAAACUAGAGCUGAAACGAUUAAUCGGUGAAUCGAUUAUUAAUCGAUUACUAAAUGAAUCGACAACUAUUUUGAUAAUCGAUAAAUCGGUUUGAAGCUUUUUUUAUGAUUAAAACCAGAUUUCCGAUUGUUUAAACUUCUUAAAUGUGAGGAUUUUCUUCAUUUCUUUGCUCUAGAUAACAAAGAAAUCAUUAAAAGUCAAUGGUUUUGGUUUGUGGACAAAACAAGACAUUUGAGAACUUCAUCAUUUCCAGGUGUAAUGCGCGGUCGUCUGAGCUGGGUGCUAUGGGAUGUGAAGGAUACCCUGCUGAAGGUGCGUGUGUCUGUGGGAGAGCAGUACUGCAGGGAGGCUGAGCGCAUGGGCCUGAGCCUCACUCCCGCGGAGGUGGACGCUGCUUUCCACCAAGCGUAUCGGUGCUAUUCCAGCAAAUACCCAAACUACGGCAUCACACAGGGUCUGGAUGGACAGUCUUGGUGGAUGGGGGUGAUCCGGAACACUUUCUCCCAGUGCAGAGUGGAUGACCAAGUCUUAUUAAAUGCCAUGGCUCACAACCUGUAUCAUAAUUUCUGCAAUGCAGACACCUGGGAGGUGUUUCCAGACUCGAAGAAGGCCCUGGAGAGUUGCUCUUCUCUAGGACUGAAGCUGGGUGUGGUGUCCAACUUUGAUAGCCGUUUGGAGAGAAUCUUACAUGCGUGUGACCUGCUGUCUCACUUCUCCUUCUUGGUCACGUCAGAGGACGCAGGUGUAGCAAAGCCCGAUCCGAUCAUCUUCGACAAGGCGCUGCAGAAAUGUGGCGUCCCGGCCGCUAGCGUGGCUCACGUCGGAGACCACCAUGUGAACGAUUACCUGACCUCUCGGUCUGUGGGCAUCAACGGGGUCCUUUUAGACAGACAGAACAAUCAGAACCAAGUCGAUGUUGAGCGAGAGCAUCGGCUCAGCUCGCUGGAGGAGCUGCCAUCAUGGCUCCAGCAGCGCAUGAAAUAAUGCCAUGUGAAAAAGCAAUUAAUUGAACACAUGAAAUGCUCUUUACAGAAUUCUGAAUAAUAUAUAAAUUAUGUAUUUUUUGUAAAUAAAUUGGGAGCAAUAAUUAUCAAGUAA